GUUUCCGUGAAUGAGCAGUGGUGCCCCAGAAAGUGUUUCCCUUCUUCAGACUCCAGGGAAGUCUUGGAACGCAAAGAACUUGAAGAGGGAGACUAGCCAAACAGAUUUUUGAGCCUUGGUAGGCUUUCUGGAGCAGACUUCUAGCACAAACACAAAUCAAAGCCUGUGUAUUCUUAAAAGCAGCAUUUCAUGAGAGAAUUAAGAAAUAUCAAGAUUUAAAACACAAAACCUUGGGAUACUAUGAAGAGCAACAUGGGAGAAACCGACAAAAGAAUUGAAACCUAUAGUAUAAGAUGUCUUUCCAAGUUAAAGAUGUUUCUGUUGGCGAUAACAUGUGCUUAUGUAUCCAAAACUCUAUCCGGAUCUUAUAUGAAUUCCAUGCUCACACAAAUAGAGAGACAAUUCAAUAUCCCAACAUCUCUCGUUGGAUUUAUUAAUGGGAGCUUUGAGAUUGGAAAUCUUUUGUUGAUUAUAUUUGUGAGUUAUUUUGGAACAAAACUGCAUAGACCCAUAAUGAUUGGUGUCGGAUGUCUAGUUAUGGGUCUGGGAUGUUUCUUACAAUCACUGCCUCAUUUUCUCAUGAAACGAUAUGAAUAUGAAUCUACAGUUUCAGUUUCAGGCAAUCUCUCCUCAAACAGUUUCUUGUGUAUGGAAAAUGGAACCGCGAUUUUCAGACCAACAGAAGAUCCAUCAGAAUGUGUGAAAGAUGUGAAAUCAUUCAUGUGGGUGUAUGUCCUGGUAGGAAAUGUUAUACGUGGAAUUGGCGAAACUCCGGUCAUGCCUUUGGGUCUGUCCUACAUAGAAGAUUUUGCCAAAUCUGAAAACUCUCCUUUAUAUAUUGGGUUUAUAGAAACAGGAGCUAUCAUUGGCCCCUUGAUUGGACUUCUACUAGCGUCAUUCUGUGCAAAUGUUUAUGUUGACACUGGAUCUGUGAGUACAGAUGAUCUGACCAUAACCCCCACUGAUAGUCGUUGGGUUGGUGCAUGGUGGUUUGGCUUUUUGAUUUGUGCAGGAGUGAAUGUGCUUACCGCCAUUCCUUUUUUCUUUUUACCCAAAACGCUUCCAAAGGAAGGACUAAAGGAAAAUGCUGAGAUCACUAGAAAUGAUGAUGAAGAGAAACAAAGAGAGAUCAAGAAGGAAAAGGGUGGAAUCACUAAAGAUUUUUUACCAUUCAUGAAAAGUCUUUUAUGCAACCCAGUUUACAUGCUUUUUAUACUAAUAAGUGUGCUACAGUUCAAUGCAUUUGUUAAUAUGAUUUCCUUCAUGCCUAAAUAUCUGGAACAGCAAUAUGGAAAAUCUUCUUCAGAUGCAAUCUUCCUCAUUGGUAUUUAUAAUUUACCCCCAAUAUGCAUUGGAUACAUUGUUGGUGGUUUAAUUAUGAAGAAAUUCAAGAUCACUGUCAAGCAGGCUGCCCACAUAGGGUGCUGGUUAUCUUUAAUUGAGUAUCUCCUCUAUUUCUUAAGUUUUCUCAUGAUUUGUGAUAACUCUUCAGUUGCUGGUGUAACUACCUCUUAUAAUGGGAUACCACAGAAGUUAUAUGUGGGAGAUUCUAUUCUCUCUGACUGUAACAUGGCUUGCAACUGCCCAACUAAAACAUGGGACCCGGUGUGUGGAGAAAAUGGUUUGUCCUACAUGUCAGCUUGUCUUGCUGGCUGUGAGACAUCAGUUGGAACAGGAAUAAACAUGGUGUUCCAAAACUGUAGCUGCAUUCGAACAUCAGGAAAUUCAUCUGCAGUUCUUGGGCUUUGUGACAAAGGCCAGGGCUGUGCUAUGAUGCUCCAGUACUUUUUAAUCUUGUCAGCCGUCAGCAGUUUCAUCUAUUCUUUAUCCGCCAUACCUGGUUACAUGGUUCUCCUAAGAUGCAUCAAGUCUGAAGAGAAGUCACUUGGUGUGGGAUUACAUGCAUUUUCCACAAGAGUAUUUGCUGGGAUUCCUGCACCUAUAUAUUUUGGUGCAUUAGUGGACUCCACAUGUUUACACUGGGGAACUUUGAAAUGUGGUGAGUUAGGUGCAUGCAGGAUAUAUGAUUCCAUCAACUUCAGAUACAUCUACCUCGGGCUGCCCGCAGCUCUAAGGGGAUCGAGCUAUGUUCCAGCCUUUCUGGUCCUUUUCAUUUUGAGAAAGCGUCGUCUACCUGGUGAAGAGGCCUCUUCGGGAACGGUGCUGGAAGAAGCGACGGUUUCAGGGAAGGAAAAUGAUAAGCACCCACAUUCCAAUGACUGGAAUGAUGAAGAACUGAAAACGAAACUGUAAUGCCUUGGCAGGUCGAAAACAGAAGACAACACAAGACAGCUAAUUUGUUCUUAAAAUAAAUAGAGGUACUACAGGUAAUGUGUUCUUAUCUUUAAGAACCUCAACUUUUGUUUUUUUACUUGAUUAAAAGAGAAAUGUUCACUACUGAUGGUAUUUUUGAGACAUCAAUGGGACUUGAGAAUUUUCACCAAGAGCAAAAACAUCUCAAAAUAGAAUAUUUAGAGUCAGCUUUACUUUUAUGUGAAAGUAAGCUAUUUCUUUUUUAACUCCUGCAUAAUAAAGGUAUAUUAAAAACA